CGUUUGUUUGCCGUCCAGUUAGUCGCCUCCAGUCAUUUCCUUUCUUUGGAUAGACCAGGGCAUUCCGGAGUUUGGGUUCGAGAGAGAAUACCUGCACAGGUCAUGGAUAUCUUUGUCUGGUCAUUUCUUUGUUGUCUAUGCUCCGCAUGCACACAUGGCUGCCACUCUGUGUGGCUAGCCCAGCAUCUCUACCCACUUAUUCUUUUUUCAGUUUGGUCUACUCCAGACUCAUAUAGGGGUUUAUCGUGGAUGCAUUGUUUGCUACUGGUUUGGGCUAUGGAUGAGAGCUUAGAGUGGCCGAGUGUUUGUUCACACACUUCCCCUCCUCUUCUGGGACAUAUGUAGAUGAUGAUGCACGGAAUGUAUAUGCCAUUCACUAGAGCUUGAAUUCCAU